CGGGUGCAUCCAGUACACGUAAGAAUUCCUACUACCAAAGUGCCAACAGAAAGGAAAAAGAAAAUGAGAGGGGAGCAACGGCCGAGUUUAAAUUUCUUCGACAGAAUAUUUCGGAUUCAGCGCGUAAACAAUGCCGAAGCUUCUCCUGCUGACUUCUGAAUGCUGAACGCCACUGGGAUCGUACUUUGAUCCUCAUAAUCCAGCGACUGCAACGUCGGUUUUUGUAGGGACGUUGUCAGGAUUUUGCCGGCGACGUUUUCUUCAGCAGCUUCAGUGAAAUUUGAUUGAUAUCUCAUGAAGGAUAAGAAAGAUGGAGCCUGUGGUGGUGGAGGCAGAGCUAGUUUUACCAACCUAUCUCAGUUUUAAGCGGGUUCAAACAUAUGAGAAAUAUCCCAAAGGCCAAGCCCGUGGCAGGCACUGGAAACAUCUUAAGCAGAUUCUUCAAGCUGAGAACUACCAGGAUUACUCACCUGAUGAACCCAAUUAUGUGAAUAUUGAGUCACGACCCUCUAUACAUCCCUGCAAGAGAAUUUGCGAUGUUACAGGCUUUGAGGCACCCUACUGUGAUCCCAGGACUAGACUGCGGUAUGCAAAUACUGAAGUUUUCAAGACUGUCAGAUCGCUUCCUAAUGAGUAUGUGCAGAGGUACUUGGCCUUGAGGAACGCUGCAGUUGUUCUGAAGUAACCAUGUAACUUCUGAGUGCUCCUCUUCAAAAUUUCAUGUUUCUCGAUCCUUGAAGGAUUUGAAGUAGGUUUGUUGAUGGAGCAUUGUUUUGAAGGAUAACAUUGGAGAGAUCUGCUUAUUCAUCAAUCCGCUUGCAAGAAAUGAAAUAUUUGCAUUCUAUUUAAUAGUUCUUGAACCCGUAUGAAAGCCUUUGAUUGCUUCUUUUUGGAGAUUUUAUCCACAAAACUUAAGAUGACUAAUAAUGAGAGGUUCUCUUAAACGUUACACUUUCUGGUGUAGAUUGGCCCCUUGGUUUUUAUAUUUAUGUUAAAAGUGAGUUUUAUUUUUCA